CAGAUAUACAAAAUUAGCAGACUCGGAGCAAAAUCCCAACUCCCAAGUCAUGGCAUCAGCUGCGGCGGAGCCUUCCGGCCGCCGGAAUGUUGCCGCCUCCGCCGCAGCAGUAACCAACACCUCUCCUCUCUCGCCAGCGGCCAACGCCGGCUCAAAUAUCCGAUUGUACAACUGCUAUAUGUGCCAUUCCCCCUUUAGCCUAAAUCCUUAUUCCAUGGCGGCCAUCGACGCCGCCGGCGGCGCUUUUCCCUGCCCUUGGUGCGCCUAUCGUAACCUCUUCCCCUCCCGCGGCGUUUCCCCUCCGCCAAAUCCGCCUCCGCCUCCAUCAUCCCCUCCUCCGUCCUCUCCAUGGCCGCCGAAUUCUGGCGACACCACUGAUUCCGACGUCACUUACGUGAGUUCAGAAGAGUCCGACUCUGACGACGAUACCUUCGUCACUGACUCCGAGGACGAAUCCGACUUAGUUUCCUUUUUUGCGUCGCUUCCGAUUAAGAUCUUCCCCCCAAAUUCAGCUGCACCUCUUCCGUCGUGUCCAAUUUGCAUGGAAGAGUUCGAUAUCAAUCCGGAUUCUUCUCGACCAGUCAACGAAGUGCGGUGCGGGCAUUACUUUCACAAGGAUUGCAUUGUUGAAUGGCUUCAAAGGCGCAACACCUGCCCGUUGUGCCGAUGCAAAGUGCUUCGCCGGCAAGUGGAAAACAGUGGUCAAGGCACAAAUCAAGCUGAGCCUGAAAACAGCGCACAUUCAACGGUGGAUCCAAAUCCUUUAAGAGACACAGCAUCUAGUGGUGUCCGAGUAGGGCAGAAUCCUGGUUCGAGUGCUACAUCUCCUUGAAGCUCUUCUUAUACAGAUGGUGGUGGAAUAAGUGAAGUAGAUUUUGGGUCAAUACCCGAUGUAGAUGUCGAUGCCUUGACGGCUUAAGGUUACCUUAAUGGAGUUGGGAUUGGGGAAAAAGAUCAACAUUUCAAGUGUUCAGAAGUGUCUCCCGAAACUUGAGCAAGAAGAUACAAAGCCCUUUUAUUCCCCCUAAAAUUUUUGAUUGGGUUAGAGAACUCGCAAAAUAAGGAAAAUUGUUUAUAGGAUAGUCAUCUUAGAUUCAAUGACUCAACUGGAGCUUUUGUUUUACAUAUAUGUAUUGUUUUUCUGUCCUGCUGCAGGCAAAAGCCUUUCUUUUGUUUUCAGAAGGUUUCUUCUUGUCAGUUGUCAUUAUGUAACAUUUGUUAUUCUUUUGUCUGCUGUUCAAUUACAAGCUUGUUUGGGUGAAACACUUUGAUUGACAUUU